UAUCUCCCGUUUUCUUCACCUACUCUCUUCUCAAUAUCAACCGACAUCAACCAUCCAAUAUUCAUCUGACUGUGACUGUUGCAUACAUAUCGACAUCGGACAUCGGACAUCGAAUUGAGUACGUCUCUGAAUCAUGAUCUUUCGUAUCCCGUAUCCCGUAUCCCGCUACGCUGAUCGGUACCACAACUUCAUCUGCAUCCUCAUACCUUCUUCGGGUUUUCAACCAGUAUCCUCUCUUUACCCUUCCACCCUUCCAACCCUCGUCCCUCCGAAUGCGUCUUUGACACACGAGCCCCAUUCGUCGCGUCUCAACGCUCUCGUCCACAAGGAACGUUCGUGGUUGGAUUGAUCCGCCACACGAGUGUGGAUAUCGACAAGGAUCAUCGUCUCGGAGGCCCACUUAUCCUCCCUUCCUCCGUUCCUCACUACAUCCUCACAUCCCUCCGUUUGCUUUCUUUACUUCAUAUGUCUGCCGGUCGUUUCUGUGUCCU